UACCACCUGGUUUACUGGUCAGAAAAGCAAUUGACUUGCUGUCAUCUGUUAGGAAGGAGCAAUGAUUGGAGCAAAACCUGUGAUCAUUUUUGUAAAAAAAUAAACGGCAGCACCAUGCCUUUCUUCUGCUUUUGUGGUAUUAAAAAAAAGUAGCAAACUUCCCAAUUUUAAAAUUAUGUUGUCUUUAUUUUUUUCCGUUGUUGAAGGAGGCUUAAAGGGUGAGGGAAAUAGCAAACUGAGAGAAAAUAGGCUUAAAAGGCUGGGCUCACGAAGCGGCUAGAUGUGUGGACUGUUCUAGGUAAAGUCCUGAGUGGGAGAGGUGUGAAGUGAGGGGUGAAAUUCAGCAAUUUAAAAGCGCUUCACUGUCAUUUGUGAAGGAUAAUGUUCGACUCCCCCUGUCUCCCCCCCACCCCCGCCAGCUGUUUUUCCUCACUCUGUAAUUAAAAAAGAGACACACAUACUGUUUGUUCUCCCUGUCAUCCUCUUUAAACCCAGACAGCCCCACCCGCACCAGCCGGCACCCCCCUCCAGCAGGUUGAGGAAGGGGUGGCUCGUCUUUCACUUUGAGGGUGAGCAGUACUUUUGUUCCCUCCUCUUUGGAGGGUUCACCUGAGAGCGGGGUGCUCAUCUAUCAAGGCAAGCUUUGUGUUUCGCAACUAAGGCCUUUUUCCCUGCAGCACGUAAAAAAGCGACCAAUAUAUGGGCACAUGGAGAAGUGACUUGUGAUGUCCUAGUCCUUGAUGGCUCCAGACACCCGCACGCGUUUGGACCAGAAGCGGUUUUGCCCUUGCUGACAGGGAGGUCAGAUGCGAGAAAUCUCUGGAGGGGCGGUGGCUGGUACUCAGCAACAGAAAAUCCCGUCUAGCUCCAGGAAAAAGGGCCCUGGGUCAUGGAAACCAUGUCACCUGGUCCUGAACGAGAGCCUGAAUGAGAGCCUGGAAACUAGUGAUGGUUAUUCACACCUCGUCCUUCCAACAAACUCUCUCCCACCCCUGCUUCUUCAUCUCGACAUAUCUCUAUUGUUAUUUCCCUUUCUCCAAACACAUGGGCACUGUGUACAUGUUUUUUAAUCAGCAUUUUUUUUUUUUUUAAUCAGGACCAAUCGACCCCUGAGUGCAGAACUCCUGGUCCUGCUCUAAGCUCCAAGGCAGCUGUUGGGCCGUCCCGAGGCGGCACUGUUUCCCCCUCUGUUUACCCGUUUCCAAGAGCAAUUGCACCACCGAGGCUCCCUGAGUCUGGAACUCAGCCUGGGGCUGUUUUGGUUACAUUGAAAUUUUUGCUUCAGUUCUGCCAGAUUUAAAUGGUGACUUCACCAGCACUGAGCUAAAAAGGAGAAGGGGGAGGAGAGCGAGCCCAGGAGAAAGAGAGCAAGCGAGCUGGAGGGAGAGAGCCAGAACAAGGCGCAAGAGAAGGGCCAGCGCAUUACAUCAUCGUUUGGCCUGGAAUCAAAUGGGAAGGAUAUGACUCACUCAGGCUAGUUAAGCUUUGGCUUAAGUUCUACACACACUCAUUCCAGAGCUCUCAUGUUCUGCACCUCAGCAGGGAAUUCAGCCUCAGUGAUGUCCAUGAGGCCUGUUCCAGGCUCUCUAUCUUCUCUGCUACACCUCCACAAUAGACAGAGACAGCCCAUGCCAGCCUCCAUGCCUGGAACCCUGCCCAACCCCACAAUGCCGGGCUCUUCCGCUGUCUUGAUGCCAAUGGAGAGACAAAUGUCAGUGAACUCCAACAUCAUGGGGAUGCAAGGUCCAAAUCUCAAUAACCCCUGUGCUUCUCCCCAAGUCCAGCCAAUGCAUUCAGAAGCCAAAAUGAGGUUGAAGGCCGCGUUGACUCACCACCCUGCCGCCAUGUCAAAUGGGAAUAUGAACACCAUGGGACACAUGAUGGAAAUGAUGGGCUCCCGGCAGGACCAGACGCCGCACCAUCACAUGCACACGCACCCACAUCAGCACCAGACACUGCCACCCCAUCACCCCUACCCUCACCAGCACCAGCACCCGGCACACCAUCCUCAUCCUCAGCCCCACCACCAGCAGAACCACCCCCAUCAUCACUCCCAUUCACACCUUCACGCACACCCAGCGCAUCACCAGACCUCGCCACACCCACCCCUGCACACCGGCAACCAAGCACAGGUAUCACCAGCGACACAACAGAUGCAGCCAACUCAGACGAUACAGCCGCCCCAGCCCACAGGGGGGCGCCGGCGGAGGGUGGUGGAUGAGGAUCCCGACGAGAGGCGGCGGAAAUUUCUGGAACGGAACCGGGCAGCUGCCACCCGCUGCAGACAGAAGAGGAAGGUCUGGGUGAUGUCACUGGAAAAGAAAGCAGAAGAACUUACCCAGACAAACAUGCAGCUUCAGAAUGAAGUGUCCAUGUUGAAGAAUGAAGUGGCACAACUGAAACAGUUGUUGUUAACGCAUAAAGACUGCCCGAUAACCGCCAUGCAGAAAGAAUCACAAGGGUAUCUAAGUCCAGAGAGCAGCCCUCCUGCAAGCCCUGUCCCAGCUUGCUCCCAGCAGCAAGUCAUCCAGCAUAACACCAUCACCACUUCCUCGUCUGUCAGCGAGGUCGUAGGAAGCUCCACCCUCAGUCAGCUCACCACUCACAGAACAGACCUGAAUCCGAUUCUUUAAAAUCCAUGGGUCAGACCUAGCCUCCUAAAGGAGCUGUAGCAUAUCGUGUGUCCUUUCUUUUAAGGGCAUUUGUAGAAUUAACUCCAACCUGGAAGACUCCUCAGCCCUUCAAAGACUGGCUUUCAUUUUUAUAAUAAUUAUGGAAAUGUCGUCUUUUUUACUUAGUUAUAUAAGAAAAAAAGGGAGUUAUGCAAUUAAUACCUAUCAGCUUGGGAAAUGCUUUGGUGCUUUUCUCCAAUUUUCUGGUACCAGUUACUUGUUUAUAAACUGAACUCUUUCUGUAUAUAGUCAUGGUUUCAUUCUUACCAAUCCAACCCUUUGCCUGAAACAGUGAAUUUUGUUAAUCUUCAGCUUUUAGCCAAAACGAGGCAAACCUAGAUGUCAAGUAAGACCCAUCCAAGGUGACUGGAUGAGAAGUCCAAUGACAUCACAAUAUGUGUUGAGUUGGGCAGUUACGUCACCAGUAUCUCAGAUAAACACGGAGCCUUUUCCACAAUUUUUUGUCUUUCACUAUAAAAAAAAUUAUAAGACCCAUUAAUGUUCAAAUCAAACCACCAAGCAUCUCACCACCUCUCCUCCUUCUUUUGGUCAACCUGUUUGAAUACCUAGUUUUCCUUUCCAUUUCCACUUUUUCUUGAGCUCACUUUUUACUCUUCAUUUGGACUGUCUUCUUUUACAUUUUUUUUUUUUCCUUUAGCAUUGCAUGUAAAGAAGAAAAUCAUGUUUUUUUUUUUAAAAAAAAAAAACUUCUAAAAAGUGUGAACCUGGCCAUUACUUUCCUUGCCCAUAACACACAGCUGGGGUUCAUUCGACUCUUACAUUUUACAAAAUAGAAACCAGGAGAUGUUUAAUGUGCCAGAUUUAAUACUUUCAAUAAUGAGAGCAAAUAAAAGGUGGUGUAGCUACAGGUGAAGCACUCUUGAAUGCCAGCUGUGAGAAACAAGGGACGGGAGCUCUGUAAGCCUCAGGUGUGAAAGCACACAUUAUGAUAUGGGACUAUAACAUCGUUCCCUUGAAUUACAACUGGUUUUAUAUGGCUUGUCUAUAAGAUUGAAAAUCCAUGAGCUGUAUAAUAAUUCAGAAGGGUUCUACUCACUACACAAAUUACUUGUUCAAUCAUCAGCUGCUAAUCUAGAUUGAUGAUUAUUAUUUUCUUAAGCCUAUGGAACCAGCUUUGCUGUUAUGGUGGGUGGAAGGAGAUUAACUACUGGGGCAACAAAGAACAAAAGAAAACCCAGCAUUCCCAGCCUUCCCACAACCAUUCAAGCGCUGUUUGGCUGUUGAAGGAACCCCACGGGCAGGCGCAGGCUACUCUACUCUUCUAAGUAAUUCUAAUUUAUUUUUUCAACAACUUACAUGGACUUGCCCAUUGUAAAAAGCAGAUAGUCCCCAAACCACAGUUGUGCCUCCUCAGAACAAGCCAUUCUGUGCUGAUGAAUAUUGCAUCUCACUAAUAACAGGGGCUGAUAUUGCCCUCUAGCAGUCUAGACAGGUGCUGGUGUUUCAUCUCCAUUUCAAUGCUUGAUCGCCUAACGUGUGUGUGUGUGUGUGUGUGUGUGUCUCCAUGGAUUUUUAAAGAAGGGUAUUUUACAAAAGGUGUAGUAGCUUUUAUAAGAGUUCAGAAAAAGGAAGGAUGUGUUUUGGUUUUUCUCUCACUAUAGUGUAAGACUCUAUUUUGGAGGGAAAUAAAAGCAAGUAUGAAGGUAAUGAAAGCAUGAUUUUUAUAACCAGCUUCAGUUUAUCUAAUAACUUACUUUUUAAAUCAGUAUUUAUUAGCAGUCUUUCCAUGUAUCCAGUGCUUUCAAAAGAAAUGUCCAGCGAAGAUCAUGACUUAGGUAUAUGGUCUAAGAAUCAAAACAAAAAGAAAAAAAAGAAGAAAAUAAAUAAAAAGAAAAAAAUACAAAAGGAUUUUCUAUUAUAUUUUAGGCAAACAUAUCAUUUUCAAGUAUUUUAAAUACUGAAUUCAUAGUUAAAAAAAAAAAAAAUUAAAUCCCAGCCGUAAAAAGCUGAAUAAUAAGUUUAUCCUGACUGUGGCUUCCUAAGAAAUGUUUAAGGCUUAGCUUUAAAGACAAGUUAACCUUCUUAUCUCUGUUUUGAAAUUACAAGUAAUUUUUUUCAAAAACUCCUCCCUAGGGCUUCCUGUAUUCCAAAAGAAAGGAAAAAGAGUGCAUUGAAAUGUUUGUUUGGGUUUUUGAAUUUUUAUUUUACAUUUAGCUUUGUUUUUAGUAAGCAAAAACUUUUCUUUCUUUACUGCAUGCAUAGCACUUAAUGAAAUUGAUUUUUUUUUUUUUUAAUCCACUGGUAUUAUCAGGAUGUCCAGGGAGUGACCUGAUACUAAAAUUGUGGUUUAGUUUACUUCUGUUCCACCUCUUGAUUAAAACGAUUAGUUGUUAAACUGAAUGCCUCUGCAGUUAAGAACUUGCCUGAGUUUCCUUAAUUCAGCAACUUGACAGUUUGACUGAUGUGUAUUAUAUAUAGCUCAAUUAUGUCUGUUUUUUAUGCUAAGUAGGCAAGCCAACCACACACGUUAGCAAACCGGCCUAAACAUAUAAUUAGAAUAAACUGUCUUCUUGUUAUACUCAGGGCCUUUAGGUAUGUUCAUUAGCAGUGUGGAAAUACACUAAAUGAAAGAGGCCAGCUAUUUGUCAGUGCUCCUUGAAAUCCCAAAGACGAAGGCUCAUUGGCCAAAUCCAACAAUCGGCUUAUCAAUAUGAAGUAUUUCACUUAAAGGUCCAGACUUUUCCAAACUCCAGAAUCAUCUGUCUGGGGGAAAAUCUCUUUUUCUUGCUCUAUAGUUUUUGCCAUUCAGGCAGAACAUCUCCUUUCUACCACAUUCCCCUCUUGUGACCACUUAGUGUGUUAUUGUUAGUUGGCUCCAACUCAUGACGACCCCAUGUACAACAGAACAAAACACUGCCCUGUCCUGGGCCAAGUACUAUAUUCUGUUGUGAUCCAUUACUGGGUUACCCAUCUAUAUUUUCAGCCGGUUGUAAUGAUCUUCAGAACCCUAAUCCUAAGGAGGAAAGGCCUUGCAUGCUGCUGCCGCUUUCCAAUCAUGUGUGGUUUCUUGGUUAUCGGCAGGACCUGCCUCUGAAAUCACUGCCAGCCUACCUGGGACCUUGUAUGGUGCCUCCCCUGCCUUACGUGAUGGGACUGAACAAAUUAGAUCGCUCUACUUGAUAGCAUUUCUACUGGGUGAACCUUCAUCUAAAUUGAAGCGUCCACAUCUUAAUUGUUUCUCCUUGAUACAUUUCUCAACAUAUGAUGCCAGAACAGACAUCGUGAAAAUCCUAGCCAUGAAUGAAUAUACAGAUUUUAAAAAGUCUGGCAUUAAGUCAGAUGUUUUCUCUUUACACUCAUCCCUCUCUUAUCCCCAAGCCAAUAUAUGCAAGUUAGAGUCUUAACACUGCCUGUGGGAGACAAGUAGUCUGUGGGCCAUGGCAGUGUGAGUUAUAAUCGUUAGGGUGAUUCACUUGGAGCAAAUGUUCUUUGGAGCCUAUUCAGCCAAUGAAAUAAAAUGCAUUCUAUAUUCUGAAGAGAGAAGCAUCAGUGGUGAAUGUCCAGGUGGUUGUUGCCUGUUGCAUAAAUUUUAGUGCAUUAGUUGAGCUUGGCAUUAAAAUCAUAAACCAGCUGCAGUAAAAGACCUUUGGCUGGGGAGUUUCAAGCAUCAGUCAUUGCUAUAAAACUAGCUAUCCAGUUAGGAUAGAAUGUGCUGGUUAAUAAAAACCAUCUAAAAAAAAAAAUAUAUAUAUAUAUAUAUGUAUGUAUGUAUGUAUACAGUGGAAUUCAAGGACCAAAGCAAAAUUUGAACAGGAAUCUAUUAAUUUAGAAUUUUAUAAGAUAUUUAUUAAUAAAUGUUAUUUUUAAACAUUCCACUUGAACACUAUUCUUCUGUAGGAUCUACUUGUUUUUAAAGUGUUAGUUCAUAGUAAACUACUCUACUUGUGCGUUUCUUCAUUUUUCAGGGUCUCAAACACCUACUCUCAAUCACGUGGUAGAAUGUUUGCUUAGAUCUCUCUCUAUGCACAGAAAUUUCCAGAAUUUUUGUGGCUCUGUGAGUUAUUUUUUUUAGUCUGCAUUUUGACUAAAAUGUAAACUAAAAUUUUGAAGUUUUUUUUAAACAUUACUCUUUUUUCACUGUGGAAGUAAGCCCUUUUAUUUAGGAAGCAGAGUUCAGCUAAAGGGAAUCGGUAAUUAUAACUGGAACAACUUUCUUGUAAAAGUGUAAAAAACAGCUUCAUCUCUGCUUCUCUCCAUCCAAUUUCCUAGAAUGCCUUGCACUAUUCAGCGUCUUUAGUGUUCUUUUUGUCCCCUCCCCAACAAUGUGCAGUAGCUUUAAGUCAUUCAAACUCCAUUAUGCAGUAUAUGUGAGAAGGGAAAGGAAACCACCCAUUUAAAUUUGAAUAAAACCAUGCCUAUAAGAAUAGUAGCAAUCUAGAAUCUCCUUUCUGCUUUUCAAAUAAUUUAUAUUUUAAAAUUGCACUUUAGCUUUUGUGGUCCCUUCCCAUUCUCUUGUUCUCUUUCUCACCUCUCCCCUCUCCUCAAACUUGCCUUUACCGUCCCCCCACCCAACGCCCUUGCCGCCCCUCUAAGGCUCUGAGCUGCAUCAUUUAAAAUACUUUUCAGAAUAUUUGCACCAGGUACAUUUACAUGCAUUCAUUAGUAGCCUAGCUCAGACUUGUUUCUCACAUCAGCUUAGAUGAAGCCUGCUACGAGAAUGCCAAGGAGAAGAGCCAGUACGCUAUAUGGUUUAUACUCUUUAUCCUCUUAUUCAUAGCAUGUUAAAAAAAAAAAAAAAAAAGUUAUAUUAUGCAAAAGAUGUGAGGCAGCAGCUAAGCUAGGCUUAAGAAUUUUCUAUCUCAUCCUCUGAACCAAAGUGUCCUGAAUAAGCCAGGAGACUUCAUCUUUCGUGCGCCGUGGUGCAGGCUUGACUGUUGUACUAGCCAUAGUGUCUCUAAAGCAGCUGAAAUAACAGCGACCCUAACCGUGUCAUUCCUAGGUCUCAAAAAUGCAAUGUUGCCUUGUAACAUAAUUAGGGACAGCACCUCUAUUUUACAAUUAUAAUCUAAAGAAGACAUAGAAGCAAUAAACUUACAAAUAAAAUCCAAUACCAAAAGAAACACACAAAGAAAUAAGAUUUUAGCUCAAGUUAUAAAAAAUGAAAAAGUGCAUGUCCUUUCAAAAUAUUUUACUAUUUCUUGUGGCGUUUUUCAGUGACCUAAUGCUUAUAGCCAAAUUGCUUAAAGAAUGUUUAUAUAUUUUUUCCUUAUAAAUUGUCUAUUUAAAAAAAAAUCCUAUUUAAACAAAAGCUGAAGAGGGAGAGGAGGUGAGGCCAAAUUGCCAACAUUUGUUAAAAGAUUAAUAUUCUUAAGUGGCGCUCUGAUACCUUUCCAAGCUUAUCAUCAGAGAAGAAUCAAUAAUUAUGAACUUUUAUGUUUAGACCAACUUACAAUGUCUAGCUCACUAGAAGCCAGGAUCUAGAAAGCUUUUUCGAGGCCAUUUAAGAUUUUCUUACAUUGAGUUUCAUAGUAUAGAACUUUAUAUGAUUGAUUUUUUUUUUUUUAAAACAGAAUCAUUUUAGCCUCAGGACUGAGAAUGUGGAACCCGAAUAAAUUAGCUUUAAAUACGUCGUUAAAAUCUUAUGCACAAUAAACUCAUCAGAACCUAGUUUGCUCCUGUAGAAUUCCAGUGUUACAGACACUGUGGGAGACAAUAAAAGGUAUCGGCAGUGCUGAAGAGGAGGGAGUUUGAGAGAAAAGGCCCUUCCCAGCCAGCCAGUCAAUAGAAAAGAAGAUCCCCUCACCCUCUCGCCUUCGAGGUUCUGCUGAAUCAGGUCUGCCUUUGAGAAUUGUCUUGGAGAAAAGAUAAGCUUGAAGUAUUCUCCCUGGUGGGGACAUAGGGUUUGGGAUCUUCUGAUAAGGACCUGAAAAGUGGCUCAGUUAAAACACAAGGUUCUAAGACAACUGGAAUAUACUGUCCAAAAAAUAUAAUUAAAAAAAAAUUUAACACUGUGCAAAGUGUUAAUUAAAAUGAAGUCCCAAAAAAGGUGCUGUCACUUUAAGUUCUAGACUUGGGGUUGUUUGUAAUUGUAAAGAACAAAGCGUUUGUGUGUGUUUGUCUAUUUGUAAAGCAACCACCUUCCUUAUUGGAAGGAGAAAAAAAUUGGGGGGUACAUACGUGUAAAUACUUGCUGCAGCAUUUAAUAUGUUUAAUUUUAUGUUAAGCUUUUUGUCGCAUUGUGAACACAUUUAUUGUUACCAGUUGACAAUGAGUUCAUUAAGACUGUUCAACUAGGUCAGAUUUUUACAUCUCUUUAUAGCAAGAAGAGACAAGAUUUUGUGCAUUUGUACAGAUGUUAAUAAUAUCACUGCAAUUCCAAUCUAAUAAAGCACUCAAAUGCAAAUAAUAUAUGGCACCUUUGUAUGAUAAGAUUGGGAGAAUGGGGUUAAUGACGUAUUUUUGCACACAGUCUCAUUCAUGCCACUUUUUAGGGUCACUGUUAUCUAGGGAUAAGAGGAGGUAAGACUUUCUCCUACACAAACCAUCACUCCACCCCACCACCUUUUCCAUCCAGCUUCCCAGCUGGUCUAAUUCACUCACCAUGUUGGCUGCACCAAGAAGGGGUGAGUGGAUUUUAGCCAUCAAGAAAUACAGCCAGUGAAGGCUCAUUGUUCCAGUAUGGUCUAGGAAUGAAGAAUCACAUGCUGGCUACUCAGGCAAUCAAACUAUGGGGUUCCUUUCCUGACCUCCAUCCAGAGAGUCAAGUCUUAAUUACCCUUUUUGAUGUACGUUCUGGAUAGCUCCCUCCCUUCCUUCUCUUGCUUUUGUUCUUUUAUUGUUUUUAUUCACUUUUCCUGCUUUCUUCUACCCCAUAUCUGAUCCAUCAGCAAGACCAGAAUUCAACCAUUUAUCAAUAACUUUAAUGUUUGGAAAGCCUGGUGGCAUAGUUGUUAAGAACUACGGCUGCUAACCAAAAGGUCAGUAGUUCAAAUCCACCAGGCACUCCUUGGAAACCCUGUGGGGCACUUCUACUUUGUCCUUUAGGGUCACUAUGAGUCAGGAUUGACUCGACGGCAACAGGUUUGGUUUUUUUUUUUUACCG